AUGGGUUGGCCCACGUGCAAGCGAAACUCCGGAAAGACAGUGAACAAGAUACUCGUCUAUCCAGGAUCAUUUGACCCUCCACAUCGCGGCCGUUUAGAACUGCUGACCCAUGUCUUUCAUCAUCGUGAUGAUAUUAUUGCCGUAAUCGUUAUACCGCUGGAUGACGAUGACAUUCGAACAAAAUGCCGAGCCACUGGAGACAAACUUCUGUUUACGAAGCAAGAGAGAGUCAAGAUUUGGAGAGGCCACGGACCAAGCGACUGGUUAUGGGUGUUUGACCGGAGUGCCACAGAUUGGUCUCCCUUUCGACGCAAUCUGAUCAAGGCUACUGCUGAGGACGGAUUCCGCUUGGAUUUUGUCCUACUAGCUGGGCCAGAUCAAAUUAACCCCAAAUUCGAUGUCCGAUAG